CCUUGGGUCACACGGCUCAUUGUGCCUGGCCUGCCAGGAGACAGGAGCAGAGCGCCAGCAUGGACUCUGGAGUCAGCAUGCUGAGGAUCCUCUUCCUCCUGGACGUAGGAGGAGCUCAAGUGCUGGCAACGGGGAAGCCCCCUGCACCUGAAAUCGAUUUCAAAUAUGCCCUCAUCGGGACUGCUGUGGGGGUCGCCAUAUCUGCCGGCUUCCUGGCCCUGAAGAUCUACAUGAUCAGAAGGCACUUGUUUGACGACGACUCUUCCGACCUGAGAAGCCCACCUGGGGGCCUCAGUGACACCUACCCGCUAAAGAAGAGAGCCCCAAGGCGAAACCACAAUUUCUCCAAAAGGUUUGGCUGGGUAUUUGCAUCUCAGUGCUGCUUUGGGGUCUCAGAAUGGACAAAGUCUGCAAGCGGAGGGCUGGUCCACAGGAAGGGACAGGAGGAUCUCAGAACCCUGAUUGAAUGAGCCUGUGAAUGAAGAUUCCUAGGAAUGAAGGCAUCUUCACUAGGAUUUUGAGGACUGUUAUUUCACAAUCCACAUUCCCCAGCUUGGUUUUUCCUCACCUCAUGCCCCGUGCAUGUGGUGAACCCACUGAGAAUUUCCUCCCUGUCUGACCAGCCCAGGGUGGUCAUAUAGGCCUGGGGUGGUCUCUUGACCUCUCUCUCUCACUCCUGCUUUUUGAAGAAUUUUCAAAUCCAAAGAAAAGUUGAAAGAACCCGACAAUCACCCUUCACUCACAUGGUGCCCCCUUUGCUCUGUCUCUGUGUACAUAAGCCCUUUUUGGCUGACCUACUUGCUAAUUAGUGUAGAUAUCAUGAUAUUUCACCCCUGAAUACAGCACCAUUGUGUCUCCUAUUGUGUAUAAUCACAAUACAAUGACCACUCCUAAGAAAAUUAAUGCUAAUUUAGUAUCAUCUAUUAUAUAGCCCAUGUUUAAAUUUCUCUGGUUAUUUCAGAAGCAUCUUUUAUUGCCGUAUUUUUUAUUGUGCUAUUUUACAAUCCAGAAAAAGAGCUGUAUUUGUUUUUGUCUUUUCUUUAACUCUCUCUCAGUGUUGAACAACCCCUCUGCCUUUUAUCCUUAUGGCUUGUCGUCUGAGAAGUCCCUCAGCCUGUUGUCUUAUACAGCGUCCCAUUUUCUAGAUUUGUCUGAUUGUUUCCUCUGGAGUAGAUUCAGAUUGAAGUUUUUGGUAGAGAAUAUCACGAAAUGAUAUUGUGUAUCUUUCGUCGUAUGGUGUCACUGUUGGUGAUGCUUCCUUUGCUUGGUUAAGGGAGUGACCACUAGAUUUCUGCAUUUGUAGAGAUUAGAAUUUUCCCCUCUGAGAUGUAUGAAUAAUAUGAGGGGUGGCAUUUGACACUAUGUGAAUAUCCUGACCCCCAACAAUUCCUCACCUAAUAAUUUUAUAUCUAUUCAUGAUCCUGCUUGAAAGCAGUCAUUGCCAUUGGUGAUUACAAAAUAUUGACUUUCUAAUUCUAUAUUUAAUAGCUGACAUUCAUCUAGAAGCAAGCCUUUUCAUUCUAUCUCUUUCUUCUUCUCCUAUUUGUUGAAGAUUAUUACUGUGGAUUUCAAUGCAUUUUAAUCCAUUACCAUCAUGAUUCUUUCUGAUGCUCAAAUUGUCUCAAAUUUGGCCAGUGCAAGUCACUUCUUGGUGGCUCCUGUGCCCUUUUGACAGAAUCCCAUUAAUCCUUGAGCACAUGCUGGACUUCUGACACAACACAAUACCUCAGGCUCAUCUUGUUCUGCUCCCAAGGGCAGCACAAAGGUCUAAUUUUCCCAAGGGUCCCUGUUUGUCUCUCUCUCUUUCUCUCAUUUUAUUUUAAUUUUUACUAUAGAAUAAUUUUUAGAAACCAAGAUUGGGGCACGAUGCAUACUCAGGCCUACUGAGGUGCCAUUGCUUCUACACCCUUUCAAUGGACAGUCAGGGAAUAUGUAUUUUAAUUACAAAUUCAAUAUCAUAAGAUUUUUCCUAAGCUUUCCCCAUUCCAUAUGUCUAGAUUGCCUUCUCCAAAGUAAAAACCCAGCUUUCAACCACAUAAUAUUUUUACUCAUUUUCCCUAUUCUAUAAUGCACACAAAAUACUUCCAGAAAUUAGAGCAUUGUACAGCUAUAGACCUGCUCAAUAAACUUGCACAUUUCUUUGCAGUGGCUUUUGCCCUUAGAGUUUAGCUCUCUAGGGGUUUACAGCCAGCAUUUUGUGUUCAAAUGGAAUUAAUUAUAUUCUCUGUGUGGUUAUGCUAUCAACUGGACAGUCAGAAACACUUGUUUUAGUGUGUAUUCUAUUUUACUGUUUCCUGUUUUAAUCUUUUUAAAUUUUAACAUAUAGUUUUGUUUACACCAUUUACCUCUGAAUCUCGUGUUAUGUACAUGAUUCAGAGAUAAACUGUGUGAACAGAUAAACUCAGAGAAGUCUUUCUCCUGUAACUGUCCACUCCACCCUGUUCCUACCUACUACCUAUAUUAUGUAGUGUGAAACUGUACAUAAAAUAUACAGUUAUUUAUAUAUAAAAAUUAUAUAUAUAAUUUAUAACUGUAUAUUAAAAUAUACAGUUAUAUAUAUAUCAUAUAUAUGUUAUAAAAAUAUACAAUGGAAGGGAAGGGCAGCAUUUGAAGUUUGCUAUUUUCAAUAGUUUCUAUUUCAAUAUUUCAAUAAGUUGUUAUUUUCAAUAGU